GGCGUCACUGCUGCUUUACUUUUACGAUGGAGGAGACGCUGGCAAAAAUUCGAGUGCACACGACAUCGGCAGCACCGGCGCACAAGACGCCAGCGACGCUGCUCGUCGCCGUCGAGUCCACCAUCCGCGACCAGAAACUCGAACCGACACCCACCGCAUACCUUGGCCUCCUCCUCACGACCCUCAGCGGCACCCUCGAGCGAAAAGAUGUAUCAUUCAAUGAAGGGGACACACUACCAGCUGAACUUUACCUGCUUGCCCUUGUCGCGCCCUUCGUCCCCCAGCCCGUCGUCCGCGCCAAGCUCAGCACGAUCAUCUCCCUCACCGCACCGCUCUUCCCCCACCUAACCCCUCACGCUGCUGCUCUUCGCCACCAACUUACGAUCUACGAUGUCGUUCUGCAAGCCCUUGAUCGCUCACAAUUGGACGCUCAGGGCGUCCGCCAGGUCUUCGCCUCUAUCCUGCAGCUCUGCACCGAUCCCCGGCCCAAAAUUCGCAAGAAGGCGGCCGAAGUCGUGCGCAAUGUGAUCAGCCAUCCCCCUACGCCGCUCUUGCAGCAUCCCUACGGAGAGCGCGUUGCAGAGUGGGCGAAGGCGCAGUUGACUGAGACGAGCACGAAGCCUGUGUUCCACGGCAAGGGCAAGCAGACUGGCCCCGAUCCGGCAGACGCAGCGAUCUAUGUGCUGCAGGUCCUGCGCCCUGUCAUCCCCUUCCUUCCUUCCACUACCCUCCCCGAGCUCACGACCCUCGUCCUCCAUCUCCCCAUCCUCGGCAACAAUUUCCUCUCCCAAGCCGCCUACCACACCCUCGCCGAAAUCUUCCGCCUCCCCUUCGAUGACGACGUCCGCGGGGUCGGCGCGCAGGUCCCUGAUGUUCUCGCCGCCGUCCUCGCCUCCCCACCCCCGCGCACCAAUUUUGGCCUCACAUCUGCUUGGUUGCACGUCCUCGGCAGCGGGAUGCGUGCCCUGCACGCGACUGCUCCAUCAGCGUGCGCGAAGGAGCUCACCCAUGCUUGGAAAGUCGUCUGGCGCUCUCUCGAGUCCGACGACACUUCCGUGCGUCGCUCCGCCGCGCAGGCGCUCGACGAUCUUGCCGCCUGCUUCUCCCCCGAAUUCAUCGAGCCGGCCCUGUCUGGCUCACCCGACGUCGCCCUCCGAAAAAUCGUCACCCAGGCCGAGAAAGCACUAGACAGCAUUGCCUACGCCAAGGCAAUCCCGGAAGUGCUCUCCAUCGCCUCCUCACUUUUGGUCAACCUGCAAUACCGCCCCGCACCUGGCGCACCGACGGCAGCGCAGACGCUCGUGAUGCCGAUGAUCAAGCACAUUGGCGACCUGCGCACGCAGAAGAACUUCGAGUACAAGGAGGCAGCGGACAGCACGCUGUCGACUGCGAUGCGCGUCUUGGGGCCGCACGUCCUGCUCGAAACCCUUCCGCUAAAUCUGGAGCCUGAGGAUCGCUCCGCCGGCCGCGAGCCGCGCGCCUACCUCCUCCCGCUCCUCAAUCAGCCACAUCCUUCCCCCCUCUCCCACUUCGGCAGCUACUUCGUCCCGCUGAGCGAGCGCAUGUUCGACCUGCAGCAGAAGGCCGAGACCGCCGGCCGCUCGUCCGAGGCGAAGGUGUGGAGCGUGCUCGUCGCGCAGGUGUGGGCGGGCUUGCCCGGCUAUUGCGCGGGUGCGACGGAUUUGAAGGAGGGUCUCUCGCAGCAGUUCAGCGCGUUAUUAUCGCAGCUGCUGUAUACGCAGAGCGAGCUGCGUCCGUCCAUACUUCGCGCGCUGAAGACCCUCGUCGAGUCCAAUGUCUCGCGCGCGGAUAGCGAGGAGUCUGCCCCUGGCGCGAUCUCGAAGGAGGAGGCGCAGGCGAACGUCGCAUUUUUGCGCACGCAGGCUGCCAGCUGGCUGGCCGUGCUCUUCAAUGUCUUUGGCAGUGUGCAGCCUGACUCGCGCGGUAUGAUUGGCGAUUGUAUCACCGCCUGGGCGUCCAUCACGCCUGAGAGUGACAUCAGCACGGCAUUCGCAAACGUCUUCCAGCUUAUCAAGGCCAACCUGAAGAAGGACGCCAACGUCGUGAUGGCCACGCAGGAUAUUGUUGUCAUUCUGUUACCCUACCUGCCCAGUAGCGACGCUGAACCCCUGUUCGCUUUUUGCCUGACCGGCGAUGUGUUGGGGCACUCGGAGACGGGCGUACAGAAGCGCGGGUACAAGAUCCUCGCGAAGCUUGUUGCCGGAGGCAAGGUGGCCAUUGACGCUGAGGCAGUGCUCAAGCAGCUCGAUGAGCAGGCGGAUCUGUUGGCGCCUGCAGCGAAGAAGGACCGCUUUAACCUGCUCUCGGGUCUCGUACCGCUGCUACCCCCGACUGCUAUGCACGCGAUCCCUGCUCUCAUACCCGAGGCCGUGCUUGGAACGAAGGAGCCAUCAGAGAAGGCGCGUCUCGCCGCGUUCGAUCUCGUCCUCGCCAUGGGCCGCAAGAUGAGCGAGGGCGGCGUGGUCAAGCGCAGCCUGAUUGACGGGAUGGACGAGGAUGAGGCGCCGGAUGCGAAGGCGAGCAUCGAGGAGUAUAUCACCAUGGUUGCUGGUGGGCUCGCUGGUGCUACGCCACACAUGAUCAGCGCGACCGUGACCGCGAUCUCUCGGCUGGUGUUCGAGUGGAAGGACCAACUCUCCCAAACCAUGCUCGACGAGCUGCUCCAAACCCACAUUGUCUUCGUGCGCUCCAACAACCGCGAGAUCGUCAAGAGCGUCCUUGGGUUUGUCAAGAUCGCCGUUCACACCUUUCCCGUCGACAUCGUCCGCCCGCAUCUCCCCGAACUUGUCCCCGCGCUGCUCUCCUGGUCGCACAACCACGCGAACCACUUCAAGCUCAAGGUGCGGCACAUCUGUGAGCGCAUGAUUCGCCGCUUCGGCUGGGAGGCCGUGUACAGCGCGGCGGGGCAGGAGGAGGCGGCGAAGGUGCUCGUGAACAUCAAGAAGCGGAAGGACCGGGCGAAGCGGAAGCGUGCGGCAAGGGGCGAGGAGGGCGAGGAGAGUGAGGACGAGGAUGCGGCACCAAGGAAGAAGACGGGCGAUGCAUUUGAAGAUGUGGUAUAUGGGAGUGAGAGCGAGAUGGAGGACAGCGAUGAGGAAGAGGAGAGCGGUGCGAAGAAGGGCAAGGGCCAGAGCGGGAAGGGCGUUCGGCUACGCGUGGACGACGACGAGCCGAUGGACCUGCUUUCUGGUGCUGCAAGUCGGGUCACGAGCACAGCCGGCAAGAAGCGGAAGCCCGGAAAGGACGCUGCUCAAUUCAAGACCGACGAAGAGACUGGCAAGAUGGUCAUCGACGAGGGCGCAGACGAAGACGAAGAGGCCGCUGGCGACAACGUCGAGGGCGCCGCGUACAAGGAGUCCCUUACCUCUGUCGACGGCUUCACCCGCGGGCCUAACGGGCGCGUCAAGUUCAACAAGGACACCAAAAAGCGCAGGAGGGAGGAGGCUGCGGACGAAGACGUCGAGAUGGCGGACCCGGAUGCGGCGCCAAUGACGAACAAGAAGCCGCGGAGCAAGAAGCAAGAGAAGCCGGUUGGACACGAGUUCAAGGCAAAAAAAGCAGGAGGCGACGUCAAAAAGCGUGGUGUGGACCCAUACGCGUACGUAUCGCUAUCGCAGGCAGCGAAGAAGAAGGGCAAGAUGGGCAUCGCUGGCAAGAGAUAGUCUUGCACAUGCGCCUCGCCAUUGCCUACCUCUGUUUACGUGUUGUAUUCUUACCGCUAUAUGAGACUCGCUUAUUCGUUCCCGC